AUCUAUUUAGGCUGACACAUCAGGUGUGUGAAUAGCAUCUAUUUUAAAACACUUACUCUUGUGUGUAUAGAAUAUUUUUUUCGUGGUGAUAUGACAUUGCCGAACGGGCGAAGGUCCUAACUUAAACUACAAAUAAUCUUGUCAAAAAGAUGGCUAGCGGCGCCGUUAAGAGGUUAUCCACAUCAGCAGUUGAUUGGGCACGAUUUGCUACUGUUAUUCCUAAAGCCCAGAUAGAUACUAUGAGAAUAAUAAAGGGAAAACAUGACAACUUUUUGAACAAGUGAGCUGUGAUACUGAAAUUAGUGAUAGUUAGGAUAGUGAUUACAGUGAAUUUAAAAUGUGAUCUUACAUUUACUUACGCGUGCAUAAAAUUUAUCAUACGGUAAAUAAAAAAUCUUAAAUUUAAUUUAUUAAUCUACUUCUAAUCGGCCUACUCCUACUAUAUGAAGUACAGAAUGAGUAACCACACUCAUACAUCAUAUAUCAUAUAUGAUCAAUGAUAUGAUGUCAAUGAGUCUUAGUCGUCUUGGUCUAGUAGACUUCAGUGGCCUCAGUAGCUCUAUUUUAAUUUUAAUUUAAUGCUUGGCAACUUGGCUUAUCUAUUUAUUUUUGCACUAGUGCUACUAGUAUUGAAUAGUAGACAGUGGAUAAUAAAAUAUUGGUAAAUAUUACUGCGGGGCGCCACUCAUUUUCCACAGCCGCUAAUCAGCUUGGUUGCUAUGACUAUGAUGGCACUCGCACAUGUCAUGGCAACCAAAAUAACGGGUAUGUGAAAAAAAAAUAGUCAAGACACAUCUGCUAAAAUGGGGAGUGGAAGAGAGAUAAUGUGCUGUUUUAGCUGCCUAUACAAAAUGUUAAAAUUGAAUUAAUUUCAACCAAUACAUUAAUUUAGUGGUGAAGGUAGCAACUUUAUUGUAUCCCUCGCCCUCAAGCUGGCGUUAUUUCAGCUGCUACAUUAACUUUGUGACGAACUUAGCAACUGAUUUGCAUCACUAGAUAUAAAAUGUGGCAAGAAGUGUCAAUGACUGUGGUCGCUCCUUUCCCUCAGGUAAAAUAAGCUGUGAGUGUGCUACAGUUACACACUGUGGAAAGAAAAGUGUAAUAAUAAAAAAAAACCCAAUACAAACUAUUUUUAAAACACUUUAAAUUUAACACAACACACUCUAUUGCAAAUUGCAGGUUCCACCAAAAAUAAAAUUCAGUACCGGUAGUGGUCAUAAAAAUAGUCAAUACAUUACCCAUUGUCCAAAACACUGGAAAAUUUAAAUUUUAUAAUUAUCAGACCACGGAAAUUAUAAUUGAAAAAAAUUCCAUCUGUGUAUUAAUAUUUAAAAAAAAAAAGAAAAUUUAACACUAGUAAAAAAUCCAAGAAUAAACUAAAGGGGGAGAGAAUCCUACACUGAAAUUCAAAAAUGUGCGCCGAAAUACCAUUAACCAAUAAUAUUUUAUUAAUUUUGUUAAGCCAGUGUUGAGUGGUAUUAGAAGAACUCCUAAGUUACUCUUUAACAUGCAUUUGUUUGAGCUCAAUGCUUCCUUUCUGACAUUGGCCUAAACCUAAUUCAGAAUUAAUGUAGAAAAUUUUUGUAUCCUCAAUCUCAUGUAUGCAACAAGACCUAUGUAACACCGCCUCCCUCACAUAGUCUAGUUGUGCAGGUAGAGCACAAUGCUUCCUUCCUUACAUUGUAAUACAUGGCCAAAGCAUAAUUUGGGAUGAACUAACAACUUUAUUAAUUAUUAUAUAUCUCAGAUAUGCAAACCUUCUCUUGUGUAUUCUCUGUUGCAGGUUUUGUUUUACACACUAUGCACCCGAAUUAUAGACAUUUAUUAGAUACCAUUUUAUGUUUUAAAAAUUAAGUUGUAUGUAAUCUGAUGACAAUGGCAUUAUUGAACUACUUGAACUAGAGCAUUGGCUAUGGUCAAUAAAUUGGGAAGGCUUUAGACUGGUAGAUAAGCUACCAGUUUCUCAAUUUUUAACCAACAUUUUUUGCACACACAAAAUUAAAUUAGUUAAAAAUUACCCGGUAGGCUUAAAGCUAAGGCCGAUAUAUUUUUUAAGGCUAGAAGUGAUUUAUUUAUUUCCCCAAUCUAAAAGGCCUAUGCCUAUGGACUUUGGUUUUUAGAUAUGGUUUCAAAAAUAAUUAAAGUACUUAAUUUAUAUGGUAACUGUAGCUUUAUUAAAAUAUUUUAUUUAUGAGAUGAAUGAAUUAUUAAAUAUAAAAGUGAAUUUUAUUUUUUGAUUAUAUUGCUUUAAAUAUUAUAAAAUCUUAAUUUUGUGUGUUAAUUUCAAGUUAUUGAAAUGAAUUGAUAUUUUGAUUAUCCAUGUAGACUUAAAUCAAGAUUUAAUAGUUUAACUAAUUUAAAAUUAAACACUUAUUUAAGGCUGUUACUAUUGUCAUGUUGACAUUCAGAAUGAUACAUUUUUGAUGGGGUCCACAAUAGCUUCAUGCAACUUUAUAAUUAUAAAUGUUUUUGUUAGAUGUAAAUUUUUUUAAUGAUUUACUGUAAAAGCAUUGAAAAUUUAAUUUACAGUUUGAAAUUGGAUAAUCUGCAUUGCUUAUCUAUAAAGUGAACUAGUAAAAUGGAUCUUUAAUUCUCUGAAAGGUCUUGCCAAGACAACAAGUACUGGGAUUUCAUAAGCGUUUGUACAUAUAACAUCUAAAAUUAGCAGCAAGUUCUCUCCCAGCUCUAUUCCUCAGUACACCCCAGCAAUUAGCACUUUCUGAGGUGGAAUAUAACAGGGGCUCCCUUGGCUCAACAUUUGUGAAGUUUUGCAAGUGUGUUGUUUAAAUUAUUUAAUAUUCCAAAAUAAAAUGAGUUUUGAAUAAUAUUAAGAAAAAAAAAUUGAAAUAAAAGAGUACACCUAAAAUAAUACGAAAUAAUUUUAAUUAGCAGACCUUUAACAAAGACUAAUGUGUGGAAAUCAAAGUAUGUUUUCAAUUUUAUUAAAACCAAUGCCUUUGUCAGGAAUUUGAGGUGGUUGUAAAAGAAUAUAAUUUCAGACAUUUUUAGACAAUUUUGGAAUGAACUUAGUCUUUUCAAGUGAAACUCAUGUUGUUCUCAAAUGACGACGCAAACUGUUUCCUCAGAUAUUAUAUUACCGUUGAAAGAUGAGUUUUCAAGGCAGUUCAGUAGAUUUUUAAGCCAUUGAUAACCAGUUUGUUCUUCUCACUUAAGCUGGAAUUAAACUACUUACCCUACAGACUGAAAAUAUUCUCAAAGAGAAAUUCAAAGACAUGGUAUUAACAAAUUUGUAUGCAUCACUAAAAAAUGUUAAUUUUCUAAAUUUGCAACCCUCUGCCAUGAAAUGAUUUUCUUUUGUUGUGCUCAACCUAAACCUGAGAGCAUGAACAUCAAUAAAUCCAAAUACAGGUCUCAGUUCACCGAGUUAAAUUUUUAUUCUACACUAUGCAUUUCAGCAUGUUACCUACUUGAAUACCAAAUUAUGGUAAAGUAGUUAAAAAAUGUUUGUAGCUACAAAAGACUCAUUAAAUAUUUGAAAAGUUUGCAACUUUCUUUUGUGUAUAACUCAAGAUUCCUAAAUCCUAAAUUAACAUGCAGCCAGCCCCAAAAAGAUUAAUUCCCAUGUAACCCUCUGCAUAAAAAGGCUGCCCACCCUUGCUUUAACAUUUGAUUGCAGAAAGCAUCUCUUAAAUCCACUGUAAAAUUUUGUUUUUCCCGUGCAAAAGGUUCUAUAAUUUCAGUUUUUUUCUUUUUAGGGUCUAUACGUUGCCAGAGAAUCUGCCUAAAAUUGACUUUGCUGCUUAUAAAACAAGACUACCUGAUCCAACUAUGGCAGACAGGUUCCAAAAAGCUGUGAGUAGCAAUAGCAUUAAUUUUUUAAUUGUAAGUUACAAACAUAUUUAAAUAAAAUAACUAAAAUAUAUGGCUCAUCAACUGAGGAUGCUUCUUCAUUGAAAUGGUAUAAUAUAACUUAUAUUUAAAUUUUUAUAUUUUCCCAAAUAGUAUGAGUCACUGAGUAUCCCAUACCCAAAGGAUAAAGACAAUUUGCUUCAGAAAGUGGAAGAUGACUAUAAAGAAUUGGUAAGAUUUUAACAUUAAUCAUAAUAACUGGGAUGGAUUUUAAAGAUUUAUUUGGAAAAUAAGGGACAAAAGCAUUAUGUAAUAGUUUAAUAAAAUUAGAAAUAUUGUUUAUCUUGAGUUGUAAAAACUUGACUGAGUUCUGAUAUGCAACUUUUAAUAGAUUGUUCAGCUGAUUUUAGUUUUAGUAAUUUUAUGUUUUAUAUUUAUGCCAAAAACCACUGACUGUUUCUGUAUUGUCUAAAAGCCUUGUUCAGUGGGCUGACAAAUCCUGUAACUGUUAUUAGUUUUAAAAGUUCAUUGUUCUACUGACAAAUGUGGUGGGGUAGUAAAUAAAAAAAAAUUGAAAAAGAAGUUUUUGAUCUUACAUAUUUUUAAGCAAAUGACAAGUUCUUUGUAUCUGUGAUACACUGAAACUGCAUGGCAACAAAACCCAGGUGAAGCUGGGUACACAACCGCCCCUGUUUUCUAUAAGCUAAUACAUUCAACUACUAAUAUAUUUUCUUUAAAACUAUUUAACUUUUCAGUGUAUUCAAAUGGUAAAUUAAAUGCUGUUAAAAUGUUCUUCAAUCAUUUUUAGGACAAGAGAGUCCAGAAUUUUGUUGCAGAGGUCAACAAUGAUAUAGCUGAGAGCAAAAAAUUCGUGAGUAUUGCCUGAGACUAAUUAAAUCUUUAUUAAACUCAUUUACCAACAAAGCUUACCAGUAUGUAAAGGUCAUGAGAUAAAAUAGCUUCCUCAUUUAACUGCUAAUUGGUAUUAGCUCUAUGCAAACAAAACCUCAUAUCUAAAUCUAAGCCUUUUUUCUUAAGCAUUUUUGUCAGUACAAGAUUUAUUUUGUAAUUGAACAAGCUGUCCCAUUUCAGUUAUUUACCUCCACCUACCUUUUCCUUGGACCCCCAGUUAAUGUCAUCUGAUCAUAGCCCAAAAUAUAUACAUUGUCAAACUAGUUGCAAGAUUAUUAUAGAUUUGAUUUUUUUUUCAAAUGUUCCAUGGAUACACUGUGUAUUGGUAUAACAAAUUGUGCCACUGCAUUUUAGAUUGACAAGAUAAAUACUUUGCCCAAGUUUGAAGAGAUGACUGAAGAGAUGUAUUCAUACUACUUCCCUGAAACUCAGAUGGAUCCAGAGCGACCAACUUUUUGGCCUCAUGUUGAAGAAGAGCAGCCUUACAAUCCAAACUACAAAUAUAUUAAUUAACAUAGCCACCGCCAUAGAGAUAAAUAAUUUGGCUUAUUUUUUUUUUUUGGUAUACACAAGAGAAACAUUUUGUUCGUAUCAUUAGUCCAGAGUUAAGCAGUGAUCCUGUAACUGUAAUUGUGUCAGUAAUUUCCUUGGGUUUAUUUAUGGCAAACUUUAUGUGCAAAAGAGUAUCAAGAUAGUUGUAAUAAAUGUAUGGAAAAAAAUCAAUAUUUGUGCUGGUGUCUGCUUUUUGUGUUGAGCUUACUUCUUGAACUUCUUGUAAAUAAUUUGAAGCUUGACAUUAACAUUUACUCUUUGAUUUGUAAAUAAGUGACAGUGUGAAUUGAAGUGACAGUGUGAAUUGAAGUGAACGUAUGAAUUGAAGUGAACUUAUAAGACUAUUCUCAUAUCUAAGUCCACCAAAAUUGGAAAUACAAAGGUCAUGGCUUUGUUAAAAUGUAGCUAUAAAAUAUAUAUAUAUAUAUAUAAUAGUAUAUAGAGUGUCCGGAAAAAAGGGAACCUUUUGAUAAGAUGAAAAACUAAUAUUCAUCAUCAAUUACAAAUGUCCAACCCACUUUAUUUUAAGUCCUAAUGAAAAAUAAUGAAUGGUCCCUGAUAAAAUUUAAAAUGGGUUUUGGAAUAAAAAAUAAAUAUUCUCCAUUAAUUGCUGGUUUUCAAUUCAUUAAAGGUAUUGAGGUUAAUGGUAAUGAAAGGGUUUCCUUUUUUUUUCUGUAUACUAUUUUUUUGCAAUACAAUAUUUUAUUUUAUCAAUAUCAUAUCAGUUCUCUCUUCACAUACAACAAUCCCACAGAAGUUUAGUGUUUAGGAAAAUGUAGGCCAGACUGACAUGGUAUGGAAUAGCUUGAGAAAAAAGCCAACUGCAAAUGUCGUGUAGUUUGUAUUUUUUCAUACAUACCUUAUGCAUCAGAUUUCUCAAUAUUUUAAGAACUAAUUAAAAAAUCUUUCUAGUUAUACAAAUAAAGUGUUCCAUAAGACAAUUUGGUCAUGAUAAAAAACAUUUGCAUUUUAUUUCCUAACCAAAUUUCCCUCUGAAUAUUACAACCAUGCAGAUUGACUCAGUGAAAGACGACCAAAUAUGAAAACCACAUACUUCAUUAUCAAUAGUAAUAAUAUAUAAAUAACUUGAAAUAAAAUUUCUACAUUUAAAAAAAUAAAUUACUACAAG